CGGAAGCUGGAGCGUGGAAUGUUAGUAACAUAUUGUUGUUGUUUUGGACUUCAUUUAGUAGCUCGCUUGCUCUCUCGCUCGAUCGCCUGUCUGACGGACUACCAAGCGGGGGUCGAGGCAGCUUGAACCGGCGUACCCUUUUUUUUCGGGGGUUAGGGUCCCACCUAACCGGACAUAUUUGACACUUUUUUUUUCUUGUUGUUUUUGUUUUUCCACGCAUUCCGAUCUACGGAGUUUUACACACAUCCACUGCAGUGUGUCUCCUGUGAGAGUGUGUCCAGUUGUCUGCAUGCAGGGAAUGACGACUCCUUUCAAGACGACCAAAGCUUUAAAGGUCAAGAAGGAGGCGGGCGAGAAUGCCCCGGCCCUCAGCGACGAUGAGCUGGUGGCCAUGUCCGUCCGGGAGCUGAACCAGCACCUUCGCGGGCUCACCAAGGAGGACGUGGUGCGGCUGAAGCAGCGGCGACGGACGCUCAAGAACCGAGGCUACGCCGCCAGCUGCCGCAUCAAGCGCGUCACCCAGAAGGAGGAGCUGGAGCGGCAGAAGACGGAGCUGCAGCAGGAAGUGGACAAGCUGGCCCGGGAGAACGCCAGCAUGAGAUUGGAGCUGGACGCCCUGCGGGCUAAGUACGAGGCGCUGCAGUGCUUCGCCAGGACUGUGACCCGCGGGCCCCUGUCGCCGGGUAAAGUGGCCACUACUAGCGUCAUCACCAUCGUCAAGUCGGCCAACCACAACAAUUCCGGCCACGCCCCUUUCUCAGCUCCGUCCUAGUGUUGACUGGACUGGGCUGUCCUGAACCCUCAUCCUGUGCACUGGGGGGGAAGCUCAGUCGUGAGACUGGAGCAUGAUGGGAUGGCAUCUCCAUGUGAUGUUAUGCUGCAUUCACACACCUCCUCUUUGUGGCGCCCCUUUUACACAGAAACCCACCAAAGUGGGUCCACCUUCGCCGAUGUUCAUUUAUAUGACAAACACGCCCACGUACAAGACAUCCAUCCAGUACCGGGACGCUUUUGGGGCCUUGACCCCACAGUUUACACAACAGCACAACAUUCCCGACUGUGUAAAAGGGGCUUUUUUUUUUUUUUUUUUACAAUCUGCCCUCUGAACACCAAACUGAAGAACGCAGCACUCACCUGGCACAGCUUGGAUACUUAAAGUCCACCUUCUUAUCAUUUCCAAGUACACCUCGUCCCUUUGUGAGCCUUCAAACUGUGUUGCCUUAACGCAUCCUUGGAUUAGAAAUACAGGAUAAUCGUUCCGGGUGAGUCCGUCCUGUCAAACAGUGGAUUGGGUUCUUAGGGAGGUUUUUGCUGGAGUUAGUUUAGUCAUUAGAUAUUCCAACACCACAUUUUUGAGCACUUACUGUAGGAGGGAACUGUCUAAGUCGCAGUAUAAAACAGUAAACGAAUCGGAAGCUAAUCAGGUACCGGAAGACACGCCCUUUUACAACAGCACUUCCUGUAUGGGAUUGCGUUCAUGUGAAUGCCACUGAAAAAAAAAUGACUUUACUCUCAUACAAAUACAAAUUAAUAUCCUAAAAUGACCAAUUUUCAAACAUAUUUUUCUUUAUUUUUGUAACAUUACAAAAAUAUUGUAAAUUCAAAUUAGGAUAUUACUUUUGCACAAUUAAAAUAACGUAAUGAAUCAAACUUUUUCAAAAAAAUCACAAUUUUUUUGUCAAAUUUCAGGGUUAUUCUUGUAAGGAAAUUUUUUUUAAAACAAUUUACGACUAUUAUUGUAAUAUAGAUAUUAAAAAAAAUCUAUUGUAGUGUAAUUCCAAAGUUAUUUUUAUGUCAAGUUAUUAUUUCGUUCUCAAAAGCAGAACAUUACGACUUUUUUGGGCCAAAUUUUAAUAGUUUCUUGUCAUAUUAUUACACAUUAAAAAAAAAAAUAAAGUAAAUAUUGAAAUUACAAUUUUAUUCUUGUAAAAUUACAACAUUUCCUCUAUUGAAAUUUUACAAAAUUGAAAAUUUUAAUUGAAAAAGUCAAAAUAGUAAAACAUGGACAAUCUGAGGUAUGUUUAUUUUCGGUCAGUGCUAGCAUUUACUGGUUAAAAAACAGCUAAUGUGCUAGCAUUAGACAAAGUACUCACCAAUUGUCAUCCACAGUCACAAUACGGGACACACUGUAUGUGCAUAGUGUGUGUGGAUUGCUAUGAUAUGCUAUGAUGUAGUUAUUUUUCCAAUGGCAUUUACAUCUUUCUGCAUUCGCACGCCAUUUUCUGAAAAUAUUGCGGUUUUCUCGUUAUUCAAAAGGUAAUCCCUAUUGGAUAAAGCUAAAAAAGAACAUAAAAUAACUUGAAGUGAAAUGCUUCCUGAACUUAUUAGAGACUUCGGGCUCACCCCUUUUUAGCUGUGGUCAACUCGCCUCCGUCCAGAGAAAAUAAAGACGUCAUUCCUACUGCAGGGUCAGGCCAAGUGCUGCUGCUGCUGGUGACUCACACACGGUGACUUUUCUUUUUCAUUCAUUUUGAUUUUUUUUUUCCCUUGCUUUUGACACACUCUUGUGCAAGAGGACUCCUGAUGCUGACCUCUAAGUAGGAGGAGGAGGAGGAGGAGGAAAAGAAACAUCAAAUUUGGCGUCAUGGCAACCCAAUGCUGUAAACACCCGUGCUCUUACAACUCAAGCCAUUCUUAAGAAAGGACAAAAAAAAAACGUUAUCAGGAUCUUCUCUUGGCCUAGAGGAUAUGACUGUUGCCCCCCCUCCAGAAAGAAAAAACUACACUGGGGGGGACUUUGCUGCUGUAUAACCUGCUGUGACCUUCCAGCGGGGGCAUUGCUGUGUCCUUACUCUCAUUUUGUAUGUUCUUAUUUCCAUAGGUUUUAUAAGCAUUAUACAUUAUAUAAAUAUAUAUAUAUAUAUAUGACAUAUUUUUCUAUAUUUAUGUUACUAUCUCGGGAGUGGUGUGUUUAUGCAACUUUUAUGUUAUUGAUGCUGACGUUGUAUCCACAUUUACAAUGAGAAAAAAAACUAUUCUCAUGACUUUGUGAGUAUUUAUAGGCCACGGAUAGUUUGCUCUCAGCACACUUGUUUUGAUUUUUUAGUCAGCACGACUGAGAUUCAUUGUUGACGGUUCACUUUUUGGUUCAAAAGUGCAAAAAAAACAAAAAACAAAAAGCAUGCACAGCUCUUAUGUUAUUUUGGACUCUUAAUUCCUCCUAAUGAUGAUGGUAAUGAUUAUAAACAGCUAAGAAACCUUACCUGAAAAGAAUAAUUCCAAUAGCUGCUACAGGACAUCCUGUCUGGAAGACAGUGAAAAAUAAAGUAAACACAAGUGAAACAGUGACCUCUAGUGGCAAAUUGAGUUCAGUGUUAAAUUUCAGCUUAAUAGUAAACAUUUGAACAAAAACAGCCCUUUAAAUGUUAUACAAAAAUACAGAUAUUACCUGUGUUGGAUGUCUUGAUCCUCUCCGUCCUUCUGUUCACGUCCAUACUGACAUAAGCCAUAAUGAUGACAAUGGAUUGUUCUUUUCCUAUUAAAUGAAAAUGUGCCCAAAACACACAAAAGCUAAACCAGCCCGACAAGCUCACAUAUAUUUGUGUUUAAGGUGUCGGAUGCACAAUAGAAUGAAAUGCAUUUUGAAGAGCUACGACAUGUCAUUACUCUGCUCAUGAAUAUUUAUUUCAUUCAACUGUAUUAAAAAUGCCUAAAUUAUU